AUGCUGCUCCUGCAAAUCCUCGGCGUGACCCUCCUGCUCCUGGCUCAGUCGGCCGGGGAACAGGGACGCCAGCGCCGACACUCAUAUUCCGGGGAGUUCGGCUCGGCCUCCGGGACCCCGUUUUCCUACUCAGGGCCGGACCGAUGGGGCCCCAUCAGGGCUUUACGGAUCUGGGAGCAUUGUAACAGCUACAUCAGUGGCAUCCAGCUCCAGUUCGGGCCGACGUGGGGCCAGGUGUACGGGGCCGAGACCAAGGCGCAGCUCGAGGUGACCCUGCUCGACGAUGAGCGGAUCACGCAGGUCUCGGGCAAACAGUACACCUACAUCUACCAGCUCAUCGUCUCCACCAACAAGGGGCGCAUCUUCUUCUUCGGCCAGCCGUAUGGCAACUCCUUCAACGCCGUCCCCCUGUCCUGCACCGAGUACCUGGCCUUCCUCACCGGGCACUACAGCGGGGCGUCCCUCACGGGCAUCGCCAUGCACUGGGCCGAACCGAGGAACCAGGAGUGAGAACGCCCUGGCGGGAUCCCAGUGGCAGGGAGUUCCCCAGGCUAAGGGCAGCUUUUCUCCAUUUACCCUUCUUAGCUUGCAGUCCAGAGAUCAUGAAGCCAAUUCCUUACUAGAA